GAGAGAGGCGGAGAGAGAGGAGGAGAAGUAGAGGCAUGAUGGCGUGGAGCAUAGCGAGAGCGGCGUCGCUCAUGAAGCUUCGGCUUCGCCUCUCCUCCUCCCCAAUCCCCCCACAUCUUAAUCCCUCCACUACUCUCUUCCUCUCCGGAAACCCUAUUUCAGGAAGAUCAUCAGAGCUAAAAGUUUUGCGCAAUUAUGUUAGUCUUGCUUCACCAGUUUAUGCACAAAGAUUCAGAUCAGUGUUUAGCAUGCAAAAGAUGAUUGGGCGAAGCUUACACUUGUCAGUGAACGAGUGGUUUCACUGUGUGACCAUCCAUGUAGGAAGGAAGUUAUUCACUGGAACUUUUAUUGGAAUUAGCAUCUUAGGUGGACUGUUGCAUCGCCCAUCAAAUAUUGCUUAUGCUAUGGAUGUGGAUGGUUCUGCAGACUACGCCGAACCUUCAGGAUAUUUGAAGGAUGAUCUUAAUACCUUUUGGGCUUUGACCAGGAAAUUCCAGUUGCCUGUUGUUUUGCUUGUGAUGGUGUUUUUGGGCUGGAGGCGUCCAGUAACACUUGUCGUUAAUAUCAUACUUCUUCUCUUCUGUACAAGACCCAGUCCUUUCUCAAUUUAUAUGUUUAUUGAACAGCUGCGUCAGAGAGAGAUGCGUCGGGAUCCCAGCUUCCAUAAAACAAAGUUCUUGUAUGCAAGGAAUGUCGAAGUUGAAGAUUACAAGCUUCUUUGUAUCGGCGAAGUUGAACUAAGAGACAAAAAGCUCCACGUCAUCGGAAUUUUGGGCGGCUGGUGGAUUUUUAGUGUUUCGCAUUUAGCAUGACCAAGUAUAUGUAAAUGGGAAAGGGAAAGUUAUCUGAAAGCUUCUCCUAUUGAGUCGACAUUGAAGGGGUUGGAGUUAUUGAUCCUCUAAGCUCACUAUUAUGUUUUUUUUUUUGGCUGAAUCCAUUUAACAAUAGCGAUCCACUUGAUUGCUCUUGGUCCUGCAUAGUUGUUCAAGUAUAUGUGUUGCAAUUCUAAACCUGGCCUCACCAGUUUUGACUAUUAGAUGUCUACCUCUUUGCCGUAUAAAGAAUAAAUUCUCUUGAA